AUGAAGCCAAGGUGCGGCGUCAGAGACAUUUCGUCGAACACGUUGACGGCGGGUAGGAAGUACGAGUACUUCACCGGCCGCCCCAGGUGGCGGCGGGAUAUUCCAAUGACGCUGACGUACGCGAUCUCUCCGGAACACGUGGUGGCCUCCCCGAGCCAUUCGGAGAUCAGGGCCGCGCUCGGGCGGGCGUUCGCGCACUGGGCGGCGGUGAUCCCAGUCGAGUUCGUGGAGACCGGCGACUACGGGUUCGCGGACAUCAGGAUAGGCUUCUACGAAGGAGACCACGGCGACGGCGAGGCGUUCGACGGCGUUCUCGGGGUCCUGGCCCACGCGUUCUCGCCGGAAAGUGGGCGGUUCCACCUGGACGCGGCGGAGACGUGGGCGGCGGACCUUGCGGCGGAGGGAGCGGCGAGGGCGGUGGAUCUGGAGUCGGUGGCGACGCACGAGAUCGGGCACCUGCUGGGGCUGGCGCACAGCCGGGACAGGGCGGCGGUGAUGUAUCCGAGCCUGAGGCCCAGGGAGAGGAAGGUUGAAUUGAGGGUCGACGACAUAAGGGGGGUGCAGGCGCUGUACGGGUCGAACCCUAAUUUCAGUUUACAAGCGUUUUCGGAGUCGGAGAUGUACUCUAACGGCGGCGGCGGCGGCGGCGGCGGCGGUGGGGUUUUUUGGGGGAUUAAUUGGGCGGUGGUUUUGGCGAUGUGGCUAUGCAUGUAA